AUGGGGAACACUUUUUUCAUCUUAACUCUUCUUAUCAUCUUCUUCCAUUUUUCUCUGCCUUCUUUCUCCAUGAACUUAACCACCAUUCUUACAGACCAGUCGGCCCUUCUCGCAUUCAAAGACCAUGUUAUCCACGAUCCUCAAAAUGUGUUGGCAACCAAUUGGUCAUCUUCUUCCCCUGUCUGCAAUUGGUUUGGUGUCAUCUGCGGAUCCAACCACCGCAGAGUCACAGCUCUAAACCUUACUGGGUUGGGACUUGUAGGCACCCUCCCACCCCACUUAGGAAAUCUAUCAUUCCUUUCUCUUAUUUCCAUCACAGAAAACAGUUUUCAUGGAAGAUUACCAGUCCAGUUAUCAAAUCUGCACCGGCUGAAACAUAUAGACUUCGGCAACAACAGCUUCAGUGGAGAAAUCCCAUCGUGGUUAGGAUCAUUAACUGAGCUUCGGGUGUUGCGUCUGUACUAUAACAACUUCAAUGGUGUUAUCCCAUUCUCUUUAGGCUAUUUGUCAAAGGUAGAGGAGUUGAGCUUGUAUGGGAACCAGCUUUCGGGUUCAAUACCAUCCUCCAUCUUCAAUAUAUCUUCGGUGCAAAUUAUUGAUCUAGGGACUAAUAUGUUCACCGGUUCCUUACCCUUUGUUCCAAUCGAUUUGCCUUGGCUUGAACUCCUCAAUUUCAACUUCAAUAAUCUCACUGGCCAUUUUCCAGACGAUAUGUUCGAUCGUCUUCCGAAUUUGAAAGAAUUUUCGUCGAGUGUUAACAGGCUUUCUGGUAGAAUUCCAAGCAGUUUAUUCAAGUGCAGAAAGUUACAAUUACUGUCCUUGUCAACUAACCAAUUGGAGGGGAGUCUACCAGUUGAAAUUGGGAAUUUAAACAUGCUUCAAUUCUUCUUUAUUGGUGAUAACAACUUUCAAGGUGGAAUUCUAGAAAAGAUUGUGAAUCUGACUCUUCUCAAAAUGAUCGAUUGUUCUCGUAACAACUUCACAGUGCGGGAGAUAAUAAUUUUUGUUGGUCAAAUUCCUCCCGUUAUAUUUAAUAUGUCGACUCUGUCUACCAUUUCUUUUGAAAGUAAUCAGCUCUCGGGCAGUCUUCCAUCAAACACGGGGCUUUGGCUUCCCAACCUGGAGGAGUUAUAUCUUGCAAAUAAUCGACUCGUUGGUCCAUUCCCAAUGUCCAUUUCCAAUGCCUCUCAGCUUACUACUCUCGACAUCUCUCAUAAUUUCUUUUCAGGGUCCAUCCCCGACACUCUUGGCAAUCUGAGAAAUUUGAAGAGACUCAACUUGGAUGUUAAUAAUCUCACUUCUUCAAGAUUGAGCUUUCUUUAUUCUUUGACAAAUUGUAGAGGCUUGGAAGUCUUGGACUUCAGCGACAACGUAUUGAUCAGUGGUGAACUUCCAGGUUUGGUCGGAAAUCUCUCGGAUUCUCUUCAGAGAUUCUCUGCUUCAAAGUGCAACAUCAGCGGCAGCAUCCCGAGUGGAUUUGGCAACUUGAGUCACUUGAUAGACAUAAAGUUUGGUGACAAUAAAUUGACAGGGGUGAUUCCUACUACCAUCGGAGGAUUAAAAGAGCUGCAAAGUCUUUCUCUUGGGGACAAUCAGUUAGAAGGACCGAUCCCCUCUGAGUUAUGUCAGCUAAACAAGUUGGGAUUCUUGGUUUUGUCGAACAACAAAAUGUCUGGACCGAUACCUGCUUGCUUGGGUAAUCUCAUUUCUUUGAGGCAACUACUCCUUGGCUCUAAUAUGUUUUCUUCUUCAAUACCUUCAACCUUGACAGGGCUUACUACUAUCCUGAUCCUGAACUUGUCUUCAAAUUCUCUCACCGGUCCUCUUCCAAUUGAUAUUGGAAACUGGAAAGUUGUGAAUAUCAUGGAUUUGUCGAACAAUCAGUUCUCGAGUGAUAUCCCUAUUGGAGUGGCAGAACUCGAUGACCUCUCUUAUUUUUCCUUAUCCAAUAAUAGAAUCACAGGUUCUAUUCCUGAUUCAUUUGGUGACUUGCGGGGCUUGGAAUCCUUGGAUUUGUCGAGAAAUAUUCUAUCCGGAGAAAUUCCCAAGUCCUUGGAGAAACUCCGUUUUCUCAAAUAUUUCAAUGUCUCUUUCAAUAGACUUCAAGGAGAAAUUCCUGGUGGAGGAACGUUCAGAAACUACUCGAUCGAAUCAUUUAAGGGGAAUGGAGCAUUGUGUGGUGCAGCCCGAUUUCAUGUUCCAAGCUGCAUAACUACACCUCUUAGAAAUAACAAGGCAAGACGUAAGCUCAUAAGAUAUGUAGCUGUAGCACUGCCGAUAGCCUCUACAAUUUUGGUGGUGGCUCUAAUUGUCAUUGUCUUCCGAACUAGGAAGAAGAAAGAAACAUUGGAAACUCAAGAAGACUUCCUACCUUUAGGAAUGUGGAGACGAUUUUUAUAUCGAGAGCUUCAUCAAGCUACUAAUGGAUUCAAUGAUAGCAGAUUGCUUGGUAGUGGGAGCUAUGGUUCAGUAUAUAAAGGGACUCUCCCAGAUGGAAUGACAUUUGCUGUAAAAGUCUUCAAGUUAGAGCUAAAAGGAGCCUCCAAGAGCUAUGACGUUGAAUGUGAAGUUCUUCACAACAUCCGUCACCGGAAUUUAACCAAAAUCAUCGGUCAGUGCUCUACUAAUCAUGAUUUCAAAGCCUUGGUACUUGAGUUUAUGCCUAAUGGGAGCCUUGAUAAAUGGUUGUAUUCCAACAAUCAUUUUCUGGAUAUCCAACAAAAGCUGAACAUACUGAUAGAUGUUGCAUCUGCUCUGGAAUAUCUUCAUCAUGGUCUUAAAACACCAGUGGUUCAUAGCGAUUUAAAGCCCAGCAAUGUUCUAUUAGAUGAAGAUAUGGUUGCACACUUGAGUGAUUUCGGAAUCGCAAAACUCUUAUGUGAAAAGGAUUCAAUGAUCCAAACCGUGACCCUUGCAACCUUUGGAUAUAUGGCACCAGAGUAUGGAUCAGAAGGAAUUGUUUCAAUAAAAGGUGAUGUGUAUAGUUUUGGUAUUCUUAUGAUGGAAAUGAUCAUGAGAAAGAAGCCAACGGAUGAAAUGUUUUCCGAAGAAAUGAGCUUGAGGAGUUUCGUGAAAGAGACGUUACCAUAUAUGCUGAACCAAGUUGGAGACACAAAUUCUGUAAGCAUUACGAGGAGGAAACAUUUAUCAGCCAACAAUUCUGCAUUUUUGAUUUUGCAAGUAGCCUUAGAAUGUUCAGUAGAGAUACCAGAUGAAAGGCUUGAUAUGCAAGAAGUUGUCAGAAAGCUAGAAGAGAUCAAAGUCAAUUUAAAUUCUCUCACCGGUCCUCUUCCAAUUGAUAUUGGAAACUGGAAAGUUGUGAAUAUCAUGGAUUUGUCGAACAAUCAGUUCUCGAGUGAUAUCCCUAUUGGAGUGGCAGAACUCGAUGACCUCUCUUAUUUUUCCUUAUCCAAUAAUAGAAUCACAGGUUCUAUUCCUGAUUCAUUUGGUGACUUGCGGGGCUUGGAAUCCUUGGAUUUGUCGAGAAAUAUUCUAUCCGGAGAAAUUCCCAGGUCCUUGGAGAAACUCCGUUUUCUCAAAUAUUUCAAUGUCUCUUUCAAUAGACUUCAAGGAGAAAUUCCUGGUGGAGGAACGUUCAGAAACUACUCGAUCGAAUCAUUUAAGGGGAAUGGAGCAUUGUGUGGUGCAGCCCGAUUUCAUGUUCCAAGCUGCAUAACUACACCUCUUAGAAAUAACAAGGCAAGACGUAAGCUCAUAAGAUAUGGUUGCAUCUGCUCUGGAAUAUCUUCAUCAUGGUCUUAAAACACCAGUGGUUCAUAGCGAUUUAAAGCCCAGCAAUGUUCUAUUAGAUGAAGAUAUGGUUGCACAUUUGAGUGAUUUCGGAAUCGCAAAACUCUUAUGUGAAAAGGUUUCAAUGAUCCAAACCGUGAC